UUUGUUCCCCACCUACCAGCAUAAUGGUACAGUCCGGUUGUAACCUUUGACCCUUCAUGUCCAUCUAAGAGUUUCGCGCGUUUCUUCAGAUAUUUUCGGACUUUACGAAGAAACGUUCGUGUAAUAAGUUACGAAAUUGAAGGAGUGGGUCAGUAAUACCUCCUAUUUCGUACAGGAAGGACUGGUGCACGUUCCAAAGUGAGAGCCAUGUCAUCAGCAAGCGUGUGUACGCAAUGUGGGAGUAACAACAUCCAACUGGACCCGCACUUCUGCUUGGAGCAGCAGAUUUGUACCGACUGUGGGUUCGUCUUGGAGGAGGGGAGCUUUCAGAAUGAUCCGACCCGUGCGUUUCAAUCACAACAGUCGCAAAUCGCCCUCCCGCUAAAGUACCGCCAGCAUAACAAUUUCCGGGAGCACGUCUCGAAGGCGCGAAGAGAUGGAGCACUUAGAGUGGAAGAGAUUUCUGCCAUGUUGCGCGUCACGUCAGACGUCAUGGUGGAAGAGGCGAAAACAUUGUUCACUCAAGCGUUCAACCUGAAGGUGCUCAACAAGGCGAAAAGGGAGAAAAAACGCGUGCUGCCCGGAUGUGUCGUGUACAUCGUGUGUCGACAGCACGAUUGGCCCAUCCUUUUGUCCGACAUGUGGGACCUGCUACAAUGCAGAGAUUCAGUCUUCUACAGCGUGUACAAAGUCAUACUAGCGGAGCUGGAUAUCACCAUCACAGUGCCAGAGAUAGAGACGGUUGUGCCCUCUGUUAUUCAAAAGUGUGGCUUUACAUUCGAUCUUAGUGAUGAACAGAUGAAAGCAGUCACUCAAAUUGUGUGCCUUGCGAAGAACACGUGGAUUACUUGCGGACGCCGGUAUGACCCGAUCAUAAUAGCGUCAGUUUUCCUCGUGUGGAAGGCCGAAGACUACGCCAAGAGGAAGAAGACGAGCAUCCCAAAGUUCUGUCGGCAAAUCAAAUUUGGUACCCAAGUUCUGCCCAUGGUACGGUCUCGUGUUCAAGAAUUUGAGGGGCUUUUCUUAAAGCUUGUCUCAGAAAUUCCUUGGGUUGAAACAGGACAGAUCGACAAGAAAAACAUCGUCUGCUACCUCUCGGACAUUCUGAGGUAUGAAAAGACGCUGCUCGCAGGAAAAUACGGUGACUCAGACCUGGAAAGCGACGAUGAAGAAAGAGAACUACAGGAGAAGAUUCUUCCACCGAGUAUGACAAACCGGAAGCCCAAAUCAGAUGUACGGGACACUGACAGUAUGACAAGCAAAGUUUCUGUUGCAGUGUCAUAUUCCACAGAGCUGGAUGAGAAUGAUAUACCAGACUCAGAACUGCACAAGUACAUCAGGAGCACCAAAGAAGUCAUGAUGGUAGAGGAUGCCCAAAAAUCUGCCCAAGAAUAUGAGGAAGAAAAUCCUCUCAAGAGAAAGGAUUCCAGCAGCAGCCGCAAGACGCGCAAAAGGAAAAUAUCAGAUGUUGAAAACACUCCUUGAAGAGAAGAACUUUAAAUGUUUGAUUGAUCUGUCAAACUUUUGUCAAAGUAGAAGGAUUUGCAGUACUAACAAAUUUGAAGAUAUUUCUUUAUUGACACGUAAUGUUGGAGGAUGAUGUAACGAAUACAAACAUGCAGUGAAUAAAACAAGUCUUGGACAACAAA